AAAACCCAUGCGCGGUUUGUUCUAACUUUUGAAACCUUACAACCAAAUCCCUAAUUAGAUAAUCUUGGAGCUUCACACCGGCAACAAAAUCGUUCACGGCGGAGCUCAGGGACCUCAUCGUGGCGGCGCCGCCCGACUCAGAGCUAGGUUUCCGCCGUUGCAGACUUCACCAGUGGAAAGCCGCAUGGCACAUCAGAGUUCACGCCAGUGACUGAGGAGUUGCCGCCUUCUCCCGGUCCUUCACCGCCGAUCCUCGCGCCGCCUCCGCCGUGAAACAAUGCUCAAUUCGGAGUCAUCAAGUGAUAUUCUGAACUCUUUGAGCCAAGACUCCGUGCACGAAAUCCUCGACAGCUACAACGCCUUCUGCAACGCCACACAAUCCCUCCUCGCCGGUGCCGGCGAUCUCUCCGUCGGCGGCGCUGACUUCGUUUCCCACGUCCACUGCCUCUGCAAACACGGCCUCCACUCACUCGUUCGCGACCACUUUCUCCGAGUCCUUGAGGAAACGUUUGAACGAAAUGGGGCAUCGAGUUUCUGGCGGCAUUUUGAACCUUAUGCUGCUGGGUUUACCAAGAAUGAUGAUCUCGAUGAUAUUGAUGAGGAUGAUAUUCAGAGUGUGUUGUACAAUGCUUUGGAAGAGAUCUCUAUGGAGAAACAGUAUCAGGAGAAGUGCUUGUUGAUAUUAGUCCAUGCUUUACAAUCUUACAAGGAUCAAAUGUCAGAGGAAAGCCAUGAUUUCGAGGCAGAAAGAAACUACCUUACAUCUAAGUAUCAGUGGAUUGUCUCUUCUGUGCUUAUGGCCACACUUCCUCGAGUUUUCCCUGUUAUACUGCAUUGGUAUUUUAAAAGAAGACUGGAGGAGUUAAGUACGAUCAUGGAUGUUGAGUUCGAUGAUAACACAUCUCAAAAUAAGGAUGGCAUGGAUUUAGAUGAAAAAGGAAAAACAUGCAACAAGGUUGGUGACAUGGAUGUUGAUGAUGAGUGCUAUAACAACCAUAGGUUAUCAGAAAGCAGUAGACUGGUGAAGAACAUUGGAAAAGUUGUUCUUGGUCUUAGAAGUCUUGGAUUUACUUCUAUGGCCGAAGAUGCUUAUGCUUCUGCCAUAUUUUUACUACUGAAGGCAAAAGUAUACGAUGUAGCUGGUGAUGAGUUUAGGAGCUCUGUUUUACAAUCUAUUCAAAGCUGGAUACAGGCUGUUCCUCUCCAGUUUCUGCAUGCCCUUCUUGUCUAUCUUGGUGACUCUGUUAGUUAUGAGAGUACUUCAUCCGGUCUCAAAUCACCUUUAGCACCACAGCCAUCUUUGUUCUGUCCUGGAAUUGAUACUCCCUCUGAAGGGCUUGUUAGAUGGAAGUUGCGGCUGGAAUAUUUUGCUUAUGAAACACUACAAGAUUUAAGAAUAGCCAAAUUAUUUGAGAUAAUUGUUGAUUAUCCUGAGAGCUCUCCUGCAAUUGAAGACUUAAAAUUGUGUCUUGAAUACACUGGACAACAUUCGAAGCUGGUGGAGUCAUUUAUUUCUGCACUGCGUUAUCGCUUGCUUACUGCAGGCGCAUCAACCAAUGAUAUAUUGCACCAAUAUGUUUCAACUAUUAAAGCCCUAAGGACAAUAGACCCUGCAGGUGUUUUCCUUGAGGCAGUUGGUGAACCUAUAAGGGAUUAUUUAAGAGGAAGAAGAGAUACUAUAAAAUGCAUAGUGACCAUGCUGACAGAUGGGACUGGUGGAAAUUCGAGUGCAUCUGGAAAUCCGGGAGAUAGCCUUCUGGAAGAGUUGAACAGAGAUGAAGAGAUUCAAGAGAAUGUUGGUGUUGACGAUGAUUUUAACACUGAUGAUAGGGAAGCAUGGAUCAAUGCCUCACGAUGGCAACCUGAUCCUGUGGAAGCAGAUCCAUUAAAGGGAAGCAGAAACCAAAGGAAGGUUGACAUACUUGGGAUGAUUGUUGGCAUAAUUGGUUCAAAAGAUCAAUUAGUUCAUGAAUAUCGAACUAUGCUUGCUGAAAAACUACUAAAUAAAUCUGAUUAUGAUAUUGACUCUGAGAUACGUACUCUAGAACUCCUUAAGAUUCACUUUGGAGAGAGCAGUCUACAAAAAUGUGAGAUUAUGCUCAAUGAUUUAAUUGGCUCAAAGAGAAUCAACAGUAACAUUAAAGCUACCAUAUCUCAGCCAUCUCAGACAAAUGUUGAGGUGGAAGAGAAUGCAAUAUCCAUGGACAAAAUUUCUGCCACUAUCAUAUCUUCAAAUUUCUGGCCUCCAAUACAGGAUGAGCCCCUUAACCUGCCUGAACCUGUGGACAAACUCCUUUCCGAUUAUGCAAAGAGAUUUAAUGAAAUCAAAACACCUCGUAAGCUACAGUGGAAAAAAAGUCUUGGGACCGUCAAGCUGGAGCUGCAGUUGAAAGAUAGGGUAUUGCAAUUCACAGUAGCCCCUGUUCAUGCAUCCAUCAUUGUGAAAUUUCAAGAUCAAACCAGCUGGACCUCCAAAAACCUUGCGGCUGCUGUUGGCAUACCUGUUGAUGCAUUGAAUCGGAGAAUGAGUUUCUGGAUAAGCAAGGGGGUCAUUGCAGAGUCGUCAGGGGGAGACUCCUCUGACCAUGUAUUCACCAUUAUGGAAAGCAUGGUUGAGACAAAGAAAGGAGACAGUAGUGGCAGUACUCAGGAACUUCUUGGAGGAGGUGAUGAGGAGGAAGAUAGGGCUGUGGCCACUAUUGAAAAUCAACUUCGUAAGGAGAUGACUAUAUAUGAGAAAUUUAUCAUGGGGAUGCUGACAAACUUUGGUAGCAUGGCAUUAGAUCGCAUUCACAAUACUCUCAAGAUGUUUUGCAUUGCCGACCCCCCAUAUGACAAGUCACUGCAACAACUACAAAGCUUUUUGUCUGGUCUAGUCUCUGAGGAGAAGUUGGAACUUCGGGAUGGAAUGUACACUCUAAAGAAGUAGUGGGGUUAAGGAUUUCAAAACAAUCCUUUUGGGCAUAAGUUUUGAACCAAAAGCUUGAGCUCCAUGGAAACGGCUUACUCUUGGAAAGGGUUUGUUUCCAGAGUUGGCUAGUCAUUGGUGUCAUUUUAUUUUGGCUGUGCAAUAGGAAUACCAAUGUGAAAUUUUCUUCAAAUGGAUGAGAUAGAGAGACCCAAAAUGCUUCUUGUUCCAAUUUAGAGGUGACAAACUCAAGCGGACGAAAGACAUCUUUGCUCUAUCUGAAUACCUCUAUGGCCGGUGGACUGGGACAAAACCAAAAAUCCUGAAUGCUGUAUUUAAAAUUUCUAUAUGAAACUGUAAUGUAUUUUUAUGUAUUUAUAGUUUCUAUACUUGAAGAAAAAUUAAAAUCUCAUUCAUGACUACUGAUAUGAACAAAAUACUAAAUUUUUAAUUGAUGUUUUAAUUUCUCAAAUAAUAAUUUUUAUCA